ACACACAUACACACACCCUGACCCAGUGUGCGGAGUGUUUGCUGCGGAGACAUUAGAGCUGAAUAACUGCUGCACAGACGCAAACUUUCACCAUCACAGAUUCAUCAUGUCUGGAGCGAACAGUGACCAGCUGCACAGGUCCACUCUGACCAUCUACUCAAAUCUGAUGGAACAGUUCAACCCUGGCCUGCAGAAGCUGGUUACUUUAGGAAACAACUAUGUGAAGGCUUUUCAAGCCUUGGCGUUGACAAGUGAGGCCUAUUUCAGUGCUCUGGCGAAGAUGGGAGAGCAGGCCCUCCGUACGCUCUCCUCUCGCUCACUCGGUGAUGUGCUAAUCCAGAUUUCGGAGACCCAGAGGAAGCUCACGGCAGAGGUGGAGGGAUUGUUCCGCUGGUUUCAUGUGGAGGUGCUUCAGGCGCUGGACAAGAACGUGAAGCUGGAUGAGGAGUAUAUAGACGGCAGCAGGAGAGUGUAUGAGCUGGAGGUCAGGAAUCAGGCCGCAGCUUUGGAGAGGCAGUUGAGAAGAGGAGCUUACAGAGACUCUCUGGAGGGCAGUGAGUACAUGCAGUAUCUGAGGCAGAGUCAGCAUGAGAUCCUGAGAGAGGAGGAGAGGAGGUACCGCUUCCUCGCUGAAAAACACUGCGGGUUGACACACACGCUGCUGUUCCUCGUCAACAAGACAGGGGCAUCUCUGCAGCAGAAAGCUGAGGGCUGGAAGGAGAGAGUGAACGAGAGCCGGAGCUCCAGACCUCGAACUCCUACUCCGCUAGAACAGGACGUACUGUUGAGGACGUCUGUGAACUCUCUCCUCCAGACCGGAGAUAAUGUGGACAUGUGGGCAGGGAAGGAUCACCAGCUGCUGGGCAGAGUGCCCUCUAGAGCACCCUCUCCUCUUCCGAGUCGUUCUCGUUCCAGCUCGGUGGGCGAGUCUCUCGGUCUUGGAGGCGGCCAGCCAAUGAGAGCGCUCGUUUCUCACCCCGCCUCCUCCAAUCCGGUGCUGCUGCCAUUCUCCAGCGGUGAGACGCUCACCGUGCUCAUACCAGAGGCACGCAACGGCUGGCUGUACGGUCGCCAUGACAGCAGUCUGCGACAGGGUUGGUUUCCUGCAGCUUACGUUGCACCUCUGGAAGAUUUUCCAUCAUUAAGCUCAAGUGGGACGUCACUCCGAAGCCACAGCAUGAACAAUCUGCUGGAGCCCACCAGCCAAUCAGAAUCCACUGAUAUCAAGAGCAGCACUGAAAUCCUGCCUCAAUCUCUGCCCGUUCGGAGAGCCUCCGCCGAUCUCCGUCCAAUCUCUCCCCUUCCUGACAGGAAGACGGAGGCUACCUAUGAGGUCAAGACCAAUCAAAAGAGCUACAGUGAGAUCCCGCCCCCGGCUCCGCCCAUCCGAAGAGCCUCCGGUGACUUCCGUCCAAUCUCGCCUCUCCUCGACAGGAGGGCGGAGUCUCAUUUCGAGAGCAAAGUGGAGCCCAAGAGUUACUCUCAGAUACCGCCCCCGGCCCCGCCCCUUCCCAAGCCUGCUGACCUUCGUCCGGUCUCCCCCCUCCCUGAGAAAAAGGCGGAGUCUAGCUCUGAGAGAGUGAACCCUCAAGGACAGCUCCCAGAGCACCCUCUCUUUCCCAGGGGAUCAAAUCCUUUCGCCACGGUGAAACUCCGGCCCACAGUGACCAACGACAGAUCAGCACCAAGAAUCCACUGACCAUUA